AUGAUUAGUGAACAAGAAGUUGAAGAUGAUCAAACCUUCGCUGAUAGUGAUAGCUCCAGUUCAAGCGCGUCAACAGACUCAAAAACGCCAAGAGAAAAGUCAAGUACAGAUGACGAACUGUUAACAUUAUCUGACAAUGAUGGAAACCCGAUGGUAUCAUCGGACUCAAGUACAUCGAGUGACGAGGGUAACGUUCCAACACCAAUGAUGCCAGUCAGAGGUAGGGCAAGGUUACUUGGUGGUAGGGGUACUCGUGGUAGAUCGAUUCCAAGUCGUAGUCGUGGUCGUUUCACUGUAAGAACAAGAGGCUCUCGAAGAGGAUGUAAUUCUGCCCGUGCACAAGCACAUUUUCUAACCAAACCACAGCUAAUCCCACCAACUGAGAAAAAGCAAAGACCUACCAAGCCAUGUAGGGUAUGUACCCAGAAGAAAAUAAGACGUGAAAGUCGUUAUAUUUGUGCUGAAUGUAAAGAGAAACCAGCCUUGUGUAUAGUUCAUCCUACCCAGGCUAAAAAUUAG